AUGGCGCACGGCAACCCUGUGCCUAAACUCUACAAGUCCAUUAUUGACGAUGUGAUUGAAAGUAUUCAGGACCUCUUUGCAGAAGAGGGAGUAGAUAAACAGGUUUUGAGAAAGCUGAAGGAGCUCUGGGAAACCAAGGUUAUGCAGUCUAAAGCAACCGAAGGCCUCUUCAAACACAGCCACCAUUCUUCACGCUUAACUCUACAUGUUCCACACAAUUUUCAUCAUGUUUUGCAGGCUCCAACAGCUUCUUUAGUUAUCCCAACUGGAGGAGGCUUUCAGCAUUUCAUGGCAGCAGACCUGGGUGCUUCACAAAAGGGUGCAACUCUUACUCUCCCUUCCAGUGUUGCUUAUCCCAUACAUGUACCAGCUGGACUGACUCUGCAGACAGCAUCUGGGCAGCUUUAUCAAGUAAAUAUGCCUGUUAUGGUUGCACAUGGCCAAGGAGAUGCAAGUAUUCUGCAGCAUCCUCUUCAGCAGAUGUUUCAGCCCAUUGGCCAACCUUCAGUUCUGAAAACAAAUGUUGCUAGUGUUGCUCCGGUGAGAACAUCUUCUGUCCAGGCAACUGCUGAGACAUUGCAAACCCAGAAGACUGAAAUCCAACAAACUGUGGUGUUUCAGCCGAGUGCCUUGCAGAAUAAACACCCAGAGAACUCCACCAACACUGUGCUGUUUCAGCAGCCUGCAGUGAGUCGGCAGGAGAUUGCAACUAAUGCAGUGUUAAAUCAGUGUGCAGAGUUAACAGAAAAAUCCCAGUACAGCCGUCUUCAUACAGCUGUGUUUACUUCAGGAUCCUCUGAAGUGUUUUCUCCUGCUGAAUCCUUGGCAAAUGACCCAGGCAGUGUGCUGCUGCCAGAUGUGAAGGGGCAGUUAGACAUGAAGCCUCAGGAAUCAGUGCAACAGCAGGUGUCUGAUGUCAUUGAGCUGAUUAUCAAGGGCAAAAGUUUAGAUGAUAAUGCUGCUCUGAAAGACCAAGAUAGCAAGGCUCCCACAGACAAGGUGGAACCUACUGAGCAGGUGGAAUCUGAUUUACAGUCAGAGAGGGGUAUCUGCAGUGACACUGAAGGCAUAAUUCAGCUAGAUGGAACUUGUGAUGGUUCUCCCAAGAAAGAAGUACUACAUACAAAAGAUACAGAAGAGAAUGAGUUCAUUGACAUUAUUGAAUCAGAGAAUCUGAAGAUUCUGGAGGGUGAAGAAGAUGAAGAAGCUGACAGUAUUUCAAACUCUGAGUCUAGUAGCAGCUGUGACAAUGAAGAGCCCCAAACAGACGUUGUUGAGGAGGACCCAUUAAAUUCUGCUGAUGAUGUCAGUGACCUGGACAUUGCCGACUUGUUUGACACCAACAAUGUGAUAGUUUGUCAGUAUGAGAAGAUACAUAGAAGUAAAAACAAAUGGAAGUUCUUCUUAAAAGAUGGAGUGAUGUCCUUUGAUGGUAGAGACUAUGUUUUUGCAAAAGCUGUUGGAGAUGCAGAGUGGUGAAACCUGACUGUCGUACGUACGUUAAGACUGGCAUUGUUCCUUCACAAGCCAUCUGUGAAGCAACUAAACUUGCUAUAUUUUGCCAUAAAGACCCAUACAAUUAGCUAAAAUAUGUAAAAUCUUUGUUAAAAACAUGCAAAUUAAAAUAGUACUGUUAACUACAAUCUUUUCUCUUCUGAUUAUUUCAUUACUUUUCCAGCCAAAAAGCAUUGUUGAACUGAAUAGCUUUAAAGACUAGAAUGUUGUGUUUGUUAGUAAUUCAAGAAAGCCAUAGAAUACUAAGUGACUGUAUGUAAGUAAAUUGUGGUUUAAUUUUCUUAUUUUUUUUCUUAAAUAAGAGCUGGAGUAUAACCUGAAAUGUAAAACUACACAGUUGAGAGAUACUUGUGUUCAGAGUCUGAGAUUUAACAUCUGUGCAAGUAUGAAACUUGUGGCUGUUUCAGCUGAGUAUUUUUCUCCUCUUCCUUUCUUCUCCCUUGCUUUUUUUUUCUUGUUGCUGUUAAUUUGUGGUGGCCUUUUUUGUCUUCAGCAUACAGGCAGGUAUUUUAUAUGCAAGUUGGGAAACAUGGGUGGAAGACCCUUGAGCUCAAUAUAUGAAAACUAUUAUUGCUUAUUCUAUACCUUCUCUGUCUGCUGGGAUGCAAUGAAUAGUGUGGGUUUUUUUUUUUAACAUUUGAAUGUGAUUUAUUUUCACUGUCGACGUGAAGUCAUUUAAAUUUGGUUCUGCAUGUAUCAACUACAUUCUAUGACUACAGACCAGUAGGCUGUGAAUGAUGCAAAUUGUGCAUAAUAAAAAAAAGUCAUCUCGUA